GUCCCCGUUCGAGGCGCCGUCUGGUCAGGACUAUGUGGUUGAGGGUGGCGACUGCGUGGUCGUGUAGGGUGUCGCAGCACUGCCUCGCUUUGUGGGAGGUGACGCCCAGGGAGGUCGGCUGCAAGGGCCUGGUGCUGUUGUGCUUUUUCGUGUUGCUUGGCGGCGUGGUUCGUGUCGGCGGUGUAUCCUGCUUCGAUGAUGUGGAUGGUGUCGUGUUCGCUGGGCAGCACGACAAAGUCUGGGUUUAGGGCUGCGGCGAGGGAGAUGGAAGGAAUUAGUAGGAUGUCGGGGCGGUAGUGUAGGUGGCGUCCUGCUGGUUUGCCCUCCUGGUCGGGGAGCAGCCAUGGCGGCAAGCGGUUGUCAGCCGCGUAGUCUGGCAGAUCGGCUUUAGACGUGGCGUCCAUUACCAUGUAGCAGCCGCCGCAGUCACCGCGGGAGAUGGCUCGUGCGAUGGCCUGGACUGCAAUGUUGUGUCGUUUAAUGUACAUUGCACGGAGUUGGGGGUUGUGGCAGCCUCCCAUUAUGUGGCCGCCGGAGUCGGGUCCGCGGCAGAGUGGGCAUGGGGCGGGGGUAUCGGGGCCAGCGCGGGGGGCUCGGCGGCCUGUAACUGUGCGGCCGAAGCGGGCUGCGAGUUUGUUGUUCCACAGUUGCCCGUAUAAGUAGUCCAUGCAGCGUUUGGCCUUGCGGUGUCGGCCUGAUUGCAGGUUCAGGGUUCGGGUGCUGGAUUUGAUAUCCAGGUCUGGGAUGGCGUUGGCUACGAAACCAGUGUAGAGGGUUUCGCGGGUGUGGCCUUGGGCGAUGUGCGGGGCUGCGAGCGUGGCGAUGCCGCGGUUGAGGUCAUGCGCGUAGUGUCCUUCGUUCUUCUCUCGUGGCACCCCUUCCACAGUCGGUUUGAUAGUUUUACGUAUCCAGUAGUAUUUACUACGCGGGUCGUUAUCGGACUCCUCGACCAGCCACUCGGCCCCGGGCAUCUCUUCUCCCUUGGCGGUUUUCACCGCCGCCUGAUCUGCGAGUUCAUUGUACGUGAUCCCUGAAUGUGCUUUGACCUUGAGGAGGUUUGUCCGGCGGCCGGCGUGGGAGCGGCGUUUCAGGAGCGCGAGGAUGUUAUCCAGCAGCGCUUUGUGUUUGCUGAAGGUAAGGAGUUGGGGCUGGUUGAUUGUUUUGCGGAUGAGGAAUAGCGACGCAGCGGAGUCGGUGUAAACUGUGACUUCGGGGAGCGCUUGCACUUCGUCGAGCUUGAGCACUUGGUGUAUGGCCGAGAGCUCGCAUCUUGUUAUGGUGUUGCAGCCGUGUUGUCCAGGGUUGACGUCGAUCUGAUACGUUUGGGACGUGCGGGCAUCGAUCGCUGCGGCCCCCCACGCGCUGGGCUGACCAAGGGCGUCUUUCUGUACUGAGCCAUCGGUGUAGAAGCCUUCGCAGGGAUUGAGGCGUAGGGGUUGGGUGGCCGCGAACGGGGCCAGGGUGGCUGGCGUGGCCGGUACGGGAGGGGGUGUUACUCGGGGGGCUGCCGGGCGGGUGCGGGUCAUCCGGCGGACCUGUUUGGUCACCCACCGUGUGUGGGCCCAGGUGAGUUGGGGCUGCGGUUCGACGGGCAUGCCUGAGAGGUAUAGAGACGUGCUUAGGGCGUCGCGUAUGGGCUGGGCGAGUUGGGCUCCGGGUGUAUUGCUGACCAGCACCAGGUCAUGUUUUAAGGUGAUGCCUGCGUCGUUGUGGAUCUGGCCGAGAAGGGCGUGUGUUGCUGUGGCGGAAAUGCUGCCAAGGAGUGUGACACUGGGGUGGGCGAGGUAUCGUGUGUAUGGCGCGUUGCGUUGGGUGGGGAGGAUGAUCAGCGUGGCAGUGGUUGGCGGGUUGCGGGUGUUUGUAAGGGUUUCGGUGUGUUCGGCCCAUGCCAGUGCCCAUCGGACCGCGUGAGCUCCGUCUUCGGUGUUGGGUUCGGGGUAGGCGACAGCAAUUCCAUCCCAUGGCUGGGAGUACGCGUCAUAGUUGGCCCCAAAGAGCAUGUCUUCUUCGUACAGUGUGUAGUAGGUGGUGGCGGCUUCCGAGACGUUAAGGGGUGAUGCGAAGAGCUCUGUUGUGCUGCCUAUUAGCGGAGUGCUGUCGAAAUGCGAACGCGAAUGUGCGCGACACGAAGCCUAUUGCCGUGUGCAGGGUUUGUGUCAAUCCGUCGCACAGAAUGCGUUCUCCUUUUUCAGUGACAGGGUGGGAUUUGGAGCCGCCCCCGGGUUUGUAUCGGAGGAGCAGGCGGGCGAUGGCCGCCGCAAAGCCUCUGCCCUGGUCGUAUUUGGCGUGCGCUUCGGGCCAGGUUGUUUGUGCAUGCUGGUAGCGUUGCCAGAGGAGGUUGAGCCGCUCUGCGCUGAUGGUGCCCAUGCACCGUCCGCGGGGGUCGUACACAUGCGCCAGGUGAGUGCUGUGUGCCGUGGAGCCAGGGUCGGGGAGAAUACCGAGCUGGAUGGUGUAUGUUUGUGUGGGGCGGAUGUCUCGGCGGGGGUUGCAUGGCUCGACGUUGAUGUCGACGUAGUGGCGCAGAGUGCGUUGCCCUCGUGCAGUGUCGUUGCUGGCAUCUGUCCAGCGGCCCUGUCGCUGGUCAGGGUUUAGGUGCGUGUCGCUAGCGGGGGCCGGGGGGCGGGGGGCCAGGGGGACAGCAAGGCGGGCGUGCAGGGCGUCCAGGAGUUCUUGUUUGUUGUCUUGUGCCUCCAGGGUAGCGGCGGGUUCUUCCAGGUCUUCCCAU